GGUCGCCAAAUUUCAGAGGGCGACACACACCUGUCUCCGCCGUUAAAUAUAACGGCUAACGUAGACCGUUAAUGUGCUCGAUGGCGCAAGCGUUAAAGCUAACGGCGAUCAUCCCCUGGCAAUUAUUGGCUUAAUUUCCACUUUGCAGGGCACGACCAUCCUCGUCCCAACACCCACACAGUACGCUCGGACCGCACCUGUUGAAACUCCGCCGGAACUACGCCGCGGGAGGCGGCUGCCUCGUGCUGCAAGGGGCGGUCUGAAGAUUAUUAGGAUCUGAUCGGGUGAUCUAGGCAAAAAGAAUUAAUUGCAGAGAGCUGAGAGAGCUUAAUAUUGCAACCUCCAUGGAACCCUGAUCAGAUGAGAAAUACUUGGUCAAAAAUAAAUGGAGAUGAGUAACUUGAGGCAUCAUAAUGAACUGCAUGUAGCGCAGCAAAGUCGCCGAGACAAGCUGAGAGUACAGCAGAUCAGUACUACUAAUUCAAACUUCGCCAACAGCAGUUUGGACCAAUUAAUGCUCCUCCAUCAUCAUCAUCACCGUCGUCAACAUCAUCAUCAUCAUCCGGGAGCUCAUCAUCAUCCGGGAGCCCUAACCCCAGAUGAUGAUGACCAAAUUCAACUUCGGAAUCCCAGAAAUGGCUCCCUCCUCUAUGACCCAUCUCCUGAAAUCCUCAAUCUCUCUUCCAAUUCUCACCUUCUAUUGCCUUCCAAGGUUGAUCAUCAGCAUCAUCAAGAUGAGAAUGCUAAUGCUGCCUUAGGUAACAAUUCAUCAUCUCAUCAUCCUCUAAUGUCAACUAAAGUAGUUUCGGCAAAUGACCCACAUCAAUGGAGAAGCAUUGUUUCCAACCAAAGCUGUGAUUGGAUUGCUAAUUAUGAUACUGGUGGUUCCCCAGACAGUGAAAGAAACCAAAACCCUUUGUUUGUCGGGGAAGUCUUGUCAGGUUCAGUUAAGCUUAGUGACAUUAAUGUUAAUAAUAAUAUGAGUUCGGCAGCCACACUUUACAUGAAUAAGCCUAGCAAUUACAAUAUUGGGUUUCACCAAGAUGGGCAAUCUUCUUUGACCAAUCCCUCCACUAGUGAAAUUUCCAGCCAAGAUAGUCAAAAGCACUAUGGAGAAAUGCACUUCAGUCCUCCUCAGCUUUACCACAACACGCUUCAGGAAGUUGUUACAUCGGCACCCAUUGGAACCCAGGGGCUAGACAUGGACAUGGAUUCCCUUGUACCUCGAAAUGUUGGGGAAACAGGCCGGAGUUCAUGGUGUGACAGUGGGAAUGAACUUGUUUUCCUUCCAACUUAUGGGAAUCAAUCCAGUGCAUUGCACAUCGAAAAUGCUUCGGUUUGGACGAGUCGGGCUGCUGAAGGCUGCCAUCAAUGGAAUGGGGAAUUGAGUUUUCCUGAAAGUAAGGGCGCCGGAGUUUUGAGGGCCACUGGAAGUGAUUGUUAUACAAAUGGCCUAUCACUAUCACUUUCGUCCAAUCCACGGGGUGAAAUGCAGGGAGCUCGGUUGGGGGAGAGUUAUGGAUGUGAGGAUUUGCAUGUGCAUUCUAGAGGUGGUGUUAUUAGUAGUCCUCAAGACUUGAAGCCCAUAAAGUCUGGCAAUGAUAUUUGCUCAAAUGAAAAGCCACCUAUUGGGAGAAAAGGUUAUGGAAACUCCCUUCAGGACAUAGUGGGGACUUCUAAUUACACACACAGAAAUACUGGUCCUCUUGGGCCAUUCACUGGGUAUGCGACCAUAUUGAAAAGCUCAAAUUUCUUGAAGCCCGCCCAGCUACUGUUAGAUGAAUUUUGUAGUUCAACAGCUGCUUCAGAACUCACCAAAACAUGCGAGAUAAGUGCGAGGAGUUCUGGGUUGGCUUGUGUUUCAGCUGGUGCUCUUACUACGGCUGAUCAUGAAAUUACUGAGAUUGGAGCUAAGAGUGGUAAUGACGGUGUUUCAUCAUCCAAAAUUUUCAGUUUAACAGAAAUUUGUGGCAAAGCUGGGGUUGGAAGCAGCUCUUCUGAAUCAUUCCGGCCUGAGUACCAGCAAAAGAAGGCAAAGCUCUUGUACAUGCUGGAGGAGGUUUGCAGAAGGUACAGGCAGUAUCACCAGCAGAUGCAAUUGGUUGUUUCAUCCUUUGAAACAGUUGCGGGUCUUAGUGCUGCAACCCCAUACAUUUCCAUGGCUCUUAAGACAGUUUCAAGGCACUUUCGGUGCCUAAAGAGUGCCAUAUCUGAUCAGCUCAGGCAUGUUAGGAUAGCCUUGGGGGAGGAUCUAUCAUUCCCCACCACUGGAAUGAGUAGUAGUAAAGGCGAUGCAGCUAUGUCGAGACUAAAGUUCAUUGACCAGAGCUUUCCGAGGCACAGAACAGGCGGGGCUGACAUGAGUCUCCAUGAACACCAACAACACAUCUGGAGGCCCCAGCGAGGCUUACCAGAACGUUCCGUGGCCAUACUCAGGGCUUGGCUCUUUGACCAUUUUCUUCACCCAUAUCCCACAGACACAGACAAGCAUAUGUUGGCCACUCAAACUGGUCUCUCUCGAAACCAGGUUUCAAAUUGGUUCAUAAAUGCCCGAGUUCGUGUGUGGAAGCCCAUGGUUGAAGAAAUACACAUGCUUGAGACGAAGGGUUCGGCAGAAGCGAACCGAAGUUCAGGAAAGAAUGAUGGAACAACAAUGGCUGAACAAUCCAGACAGCCAAGCAAUGAUCAACCCUCUGUAUCUCAGCCCCAAAACUCUCACAACGUAAAUGCAAGGACAGCUAAGCAUGUUGAGUCCUCUGGAAUGGGUUCCUUGCAAGGCCAAGGAGACGGGCUUUGUGUUGAUCAGUGGAAUCAGGAGAAGAGGGCAAGGGUGGACUGUCAUAUCCCAGCAAGCAUGGGUGGUGGGUCAUUGCUUGGUUUCGUGCCGUAUCAGCGCAGUGGCCUUGGGAUUGGGGGUCUAGGAGCAGUGUCACUCACUUUGGGUCUAAGAAAUAAUGUGGAGACUUCCCAACAGCAGCAAUUGCAGCAGCAGGAGGAUCAGCUUCGGCAGCAUUUUGGAGGUCAGAUGAUUCAGGACUUCGUGGACUAACAUUUUAUGGGUCCCUAGCUCUGCAUUCGCAUUAGAAGAAAUUAAUAAAAUGUUCAUCAACAAGAAAAAUUGACAAUUGACUGGCUACGACUAAAUUACUGUUGGAGCCAAAAGGGAAGGAUGGUUACAUGAUUAUGUUUCCAUUGGAGACUGAUAAAGGUGGGGGUGUAUUAGGCCAAACUGUAAAUUACUUGCCAUUCAUAGUUGGUUGGGUGUUACUGCGAAGUUACUUUCGGUUGGUUUAGCUGAAGGGGAAAUUAAUCUUGGUUCUUGGUUUAUGAAACCGAAUUCAUGGAAUCUGUAUGGAAAAAACUUUCAUGAUUAUGACGUGGUGGUGGAGGAAAAGUUUGUGCACUUUGUGGAAUAAAUGGUUGCUGCGCACAUGGUUAGGCACUAGCUGUGGGACUCCUAGGCAAGCUGCUAUCUGUAAAGAUGCUGCUGCACGUUCAGUGGAGUUCAUGGAAGGGGGUCCAUAGAGAAGGGUAUAUGGUUCUGUGUAGGCAGUAGCUCAUUUUGCUUUAGCUACUGGAAUUAAUGUUCACUGCUGCAUGUAAUUUUAUUGUGAGACAUGUUUUGUGGAACCUGCAAACUAAGCUCUCCAGAAAUUUCUGCAGAGAAAUCUGAUUAGUUGGAAAGAAAGUAAGCCCGCAGAAGGCUUGCCUAAUUCUAGGA